AUGGAUAUGGAUUGGGAACCAAUAGAAGGAAAUGGAUCAAAGAAUGAUAAAAGAAAACAGAGUUCAAAGAUACCUAAUCCCGCCUUGGAAACAGUUCUGAGAAAAAAUUCAUUUGGACAUUUAUUUGACAAAAUUGUAUUAAUUAAAAUAGACAUUUUGUUUUUUAGUCAAAAUGAAUUAACGUCAUCACCAUCAGCAAACGAUCAUGAAUACAUUAUAGAUUUUGAAGGUAUUUUAGACGAUGAACCAAAAUUUGGAUCGCAUUUUAAUCAUAAAUUUAUAGGAAUGCAAAUUCUUGAUGAUAUAAUUGAAAACCAAAGAAUCAAAAAUAUCCUAAAAGAAAUACUCCAGAUAACCAACAUUGAUAAAGCUAAUGAAUUCAUAGAUAAGUACAAAGUACUUAUAAAUAUAAAAUUGGAUGCUGAAUCAAUAAUAGAUAAUUUUAUUUUUUCAGUAGUGAACAUUUUUUCUGGGUUUUUUAUUUUGGACAAUAAUUAUUUCAAAGAUCAAUAUUCAGAAAAUCAUAUAGGAGCAGUAAUAUAUGCUCCACUUUUCAAUAACUUAUUUCGUCAAGAGUGUUAUUCAAUAAGGCUCAAUGAUCAACUUUUGGCUAACAAGGAACGAAGAAAUCUUGGAAAUGAGGAGAGAGUUAGAUUGGCAUUGGUGCCUGACAUCAAAUUGACUUAUUUAAGAGGAAAUAUGGAAAUCAUUGUAAUAGAACACCAGAAACAAAUUAUUUUAGAUGGAUUAAAGAAAAACAAAAAAGAUACUACAAAGAUUACUAUAAUGAUGCAUGAUCUGCUGACAAAAAUUUCAAAAGACUUGGAUAGUAGAGAGCUAUCAGAUCAUAUCAAAAAUAUAAAUGUGUUUGGUGUAAUAACAUCAAAGCUAGACAUUGAAAUAUAUUCAAUGCAGAUGCCUGCUCCUGAGCUGUAUGUGUUUAAUAAGAUAUUUGAAUUCAGCCUCCCAACAAAUGUGUUUGAUUUUCCUGAAAUCUCUCGGGCAUUGAGUUUCUUAAUUAAGUUUCGACGUAUUGUGGAUCAGAAUUACUUUAGAUAUAUAAAUAUACUUAAUAAUAAUGAACCUGUUACACCCACACAACAAGUGAGAUGGUCCAUCAAAAUGAAAACAUUGCCUAUAUCUUUACGUAGUGAAAUUGAUAAAACAAACAAAAAGAGAAAAGAAUCAAAGUAA